AUGUCUAGUGGUGGUUCAUCUCCAUUUGUUGAUAAUCCAAAGUAUCUGAAUAGUCAACUUGUGAGAAGGACGACAGAGGAUGGUGAUACUGUCUUCAAUAACAGACAAACGAUAUCGAAUUUGCAGUAUCAAGUAGCUGCAUUAACCACUGAAAAGAGGUUGUUGCAACAGGAAAAAGAGAUUGAAAUAGGGCAAUAUGAAGAUGUGAUACUACAGAAGAACGAACAGUACAAUAAACUCAAGUUGAACUUUGAUUAUUUGUAUCAGGAAAAGAAAGAAUUGGAAUCCAAGAUAGAGAAUCAAAACCAAAUCCAAUCUAGAGAAGUCAAAUCAUUAAAUCAGAAGAUAGCUGAAUUGGUAGAAGAGGCUAACGUCAAUUUGAGGAAUUAUAAUGAAUUAGAAGCAGUCAAUGGUAGAUUGAAAAGGAAAUAUGAACAGGUCAGUUCUAAUUUAAACUUUCAAUUGAAUAGUAAUGAUCAUCUAACCAAAGAAUUGGAUCAAUUGAAAGGUACUAUACAAGAAUUACAUGCUUCUAAUGAUCAAUUAAUAGAUGAAUUGGAAAAUCAUACUCAAAGAGCAAAUGAUCCAAAUUUAAACUCCUUAGUUGAAAAUUUACAUAAUAAGAAUAUCAAUUUACAAAAUAUCAACAAUAAGUUACAAUCAAAAGUGGAUGAAUUAUUACAAAAGAAAACAUCAGCUGAAUUAUUGAAACAGAAAAAUAUCUCAUUAACUAAUAGAAUAUCUCUGUUAGAGUCUAUCGAAGUGAAGUAUUGUAAGUUGGAAAUUGAAAAAUUGGAAUUGGAAGCAAAGUUUAAUGAUUUCUUCACUGUUAUAGAACAAACCGUUAUUGAAACAUCUAAUCAGGAAUCAAACGAAGAAAAAGUAAAGAAAUUCAUUGGUUUAUUUAAAGAUGUUCAAAACAACAACUUAGUUCUUCGAAGUAAAUACGAUGAAGCAAAAGGUGAAAUAGAACAAAUACAAUUACAAUUGAAUCAUCUCCAAAACUCAAAUGAGACAAAUCUUUCAAAUGUAUCGUACUUAGAAGAAGAAUUACAAGUGCGUAAUGAGAUUAUAUCUAAACUUGAAAGAGAAAGAUUGUUGAAUGUGAAAGAAAUAGAAUUUUUAAGAAAUCUGUUGAAAAGACUUGAUGAAAUGAAUAGGAAAAAGUUACUGAAUGAAGAACAAAAAGUGCCAACAAAAGCAACAGAUGAAUAUUUGACCAAGUUGGAAUUACUAGUUGAUGAAUAUAAAACUGAAUUAGAACAACUUAGGAAAAAUCAACUGAAUUCAAUUGGAAAUAAACGUCCAAGAAAUAAUGACAACACAGAAGAAGUUUCCAUACCAAUCAAUUUCCUGUCCCAACUUUCGAAACUCGAGAAGGAGAAUUUCGAUUUAUCAACCAAAAUCAAGGACUUAGAAAGUUCUAAUUUUAAAUUACAACAAUUCAAUCAGAAUUUACAAACCAAGAAAGAAAAACAAAAUCAACUACAAAUACUUCAAUUAAGAUCUAAUUUGAUUGCUCAAGAUCAAGUUGUUAAAAAGCAAACUCUUGAUGCUUUGAGAAAUGAAAAUAAUGACCUUAUUAACAACUAUGUUAAGAACCUCCCUUCUGAUAGCGUAGUUCCAAAGUCCAUAUUUGAGAGACAAGAACAUGAUAAAUCUAUCCUUGAGGACAAAAUCUCCCAAUUGACUCGAAGAAACGAAAGACUCAAAGAUGUAUAUGCUAAAAAGAGCAAGGAUAUAUUAUCAACAAUUUCAAAAUACUUUGGAUAUGGUAUUGAAUUCUUACCAAAUCCUAUCAAUCCAAAUGAUUUAUCAUCUAGAAUAAAGUUAGUUUCAAAAUUCUUAAACAAUCCAGUAAACAUCGCUUCCAAUUACUUAAUUAUAGACGUGGAGACCAAGAAUUUGAAAGCUUAUGGAGAUUAUGACUUCAAAUUACUUUGUGAAGAAUUACUGUCCUCAUGGGUUAAGGAAAGAGAACAAAUACCAUGCUUUCUUAGUGCUUUGAAUUUAAGCUUGUACGAAUUUUCAAAAAAGCGCAGUUGA